AGUUUCUUCAGUAUAACGGUAUACGUCGAUGGCACAGCAACGCAUUCCCAGAAGUCGAGUCCCCAUCCGUAUUUGUCCACACAUCCAUAUGUCCAUCUAAGGGUUUUCGCUUGCAAUCUGUGAAAAACUGCAGCGUUUGACAUUUUCACCAGUCGGUACCAGUGCAUAGUGCCCCCCUCUUAGGACUUAAAUAACCAAAGGACUCGAAAAGUGCCGUUAAACAAGUGGAAUUGCAAGAAAUAUUGCACGCCCACGCGAAAAGUGCAAAAGACAGUAGGGGAGGCGAAAAGUUCGGAGAGCAACCACCAGCAGCUGCGAGUGUGGGAGUCGAAAAUCAAUAAAAACGUCGACGUCGUCGUUUUGGCCAGAUCCCCAUUAACCGGCCAUAUGGCAGCAGUGGUCGUGCAGUGCUAGACAGAUUCCAUUCGCAAUUUCCGAACAAGGGCCAUAGUGCAAAGAAAUUUCGCAAGUGCAACCGUUCGCCAAGUGCAAAAUGGCGGCCCGCCUGGAAAUCACCGUUAGCUUCGCACUCGCUGCAGCGCUGCUCUGCUGCAUAUUGGGUCAAUGCGAAAUGUCCGUUUAUCCAGGACUGCGCCGCCGACCCAUUCAGGCGCCCGUGAUGGAUCCGCAGAGCGAACAGGAGUACGCCUUCCUGUCCCAGAUGAUGGAGCAGUACGCCCGGCGUCGGCUCCAGCAGCAGUUCGACCAGCAGUUGCAAGAGAUCAACCUGAAGAUGGACCGCCAGCGGGAGCUGCUGGAGCGGGAGCGCUACCGCCAACGACAGCAGGAGCUGGAGGUACAGCGAGAGGCGGAGGAGGACUACGAGAGCAACAGAAACAGCCUCAAUCAACAGUACGACCAAUACGACAACGCAGAAGCCGAGGCCAGCUACGGCAGUCCGCUAGAAGGGGUGCCGGAUGUCCAGAGUCCACCGCUGUACCUGCCCCGCCUGCCCAAUCUGCCACCGCUGCCCAGUCUGCCCAAUCACCGGCUUGGGAACUCCCCGAAUCGCAACAGCGUGCUCCGCGAGCGCAUUCCCUUCGCCGUGGGCCCCAACGAUGCCCGCUUCUUCGAUAACCCUAACGACCCUUCGGGGGAGCUGGAUUCCCGGGCGCUGGAUGACUACGAGGAGUACGCUCCCAUUGAGCCCACGCCCGAGGUGGCCACUACCGCCAGCAAGACCAAGGUAGCUACGCCAGUGCCAGCUCCCGUACCCGUCGAUCCCCCAAAACAUCUGGACGCCGCCAACGCCAACUUCCACCGCAUCAAGCCACAGUCUGUGGCCGCCGCAGCCGUGGCGGGAGUUAAUCUGCCCCAGACCAAGGACCAAACGCCGCACGAACUCAAUGCGCUGAUCAACAAACUGCAAAAGCAGAGCAAGUCGCCAACCCAUCUCAACCUAGUUAAUGCCGGCGAUUCCGCCCAGGAGCAGAUUGUGCUUCGUCAGCACUUGGGCAUGAACAGUGAGAUGGGGGUGUACAUAGUGGCACUGAUCGCGGGCGUUAGUGCGGCAGUGACCGUUGGGCUGCUGGCCCUCGGAGUGACUUGGUUCCACAAUCGUCACAAGGCGGCUGCAGACGUGGAGUAUCCCGCCUACGGAGUCACUGGUCCCAACAAGGACGUCUCGCCGUCUGGCGACAGGAAGCUGGCACAGAGCGCCCAGAUGUACCACUACCAGCACCAGAAGCAGCAAAUCAUCGCAAUGGAGAACCAGGCCACGGAUGGCAGCUGUGGCAUGUCGGACGUCGAGAGCGACGAUGACAACGAGGAGGGCGACUACACGGUGUACGAGUGCCCGGGUCUGGCGCCCACCGGCGAAAUGGAGGUAAAGAAUCCGCUCUUCCUGGAUGAGACGCCGGCCACGCCAGCCAACAACUUGUCGUCGAAGUCCGCUGGAGCUGCAAAUGCGACAGCCGCCACAAACAACAACAUCACGCAGGCCACUCCCCAGCAGCCGGCUACCCAGAAGAAGGGUACGGUCAAGCCGAACAUGAACCUCCAGCUCGUGAACGCCGCCGCCACCGCUGCAGCAGCCUCAUCGGCAUCAGCAACGGCCGGAAGCGAGGAGCCGAAGCAGAAGCGCAAGAGCAAGAAGUAAGGUGGCUGGUCUUUGAUUUCCCUCAUGGGGCAAUUGGUAAAGUUUGACUGAUCCAUUGUCAGCCAACAGACACAUCCUCUCACACAGAUUCAGAAACAGAUCGGACUAGGUGUAGAAGCAUGUAUUCCUAAAAGAUAGUCCAGGGAAUCUAAUUCCAGGAGCGGAGCCAAUCACAUACACGACACGCAGUCCACUGUCUCUAAUCUUCCCUAAAUGCAUAAGUCCUGUAUUGUAAUGUAACCGCAUCGCUAUGCCGUAAUAAGAGCUCCCAGCACGCCUAAGCCACUGGACCGUAAAUCCCGUGUGUCCCAUAUCCAUCCACCCACUUUCCGCCCGCUGUCAGUUGCACAACGCUGCUGAUUCCAUAACGAUCCGAGAUGUGUAUUUUCACUUGUGCGGAGCAGCGGGAAGAGUUAUUGUAUAUCAACCUUUUUUGGACUCUGCGAUUUGUUGGAAUACUUUAAGGUGUGGAGAAAAAAGCUGAGGAGAAGCGGAAACCAACCAAAGCUAACUAACAUAUUAUAUUAUUAUAAAUAUAUGUAUACACACACAUACAUAUUUAUAUAUAGAUAUAUAUUCAUGUAAUUAUUGUAUCAUAUACACGAAGGCGGACCGGACACCUUUUUACUAACCUGUCUGAGUGGUGUACUAUCUUUUUCUCAUUUUUACUACGCUUUGUGAUCAAUCCUAAAUUAUCUGUGUCAAUUUAGAAAUACAAUUCUGGUAACCAACCUGUAUGCAAGCAAACAUAUUUAGUGGAGAAGGAGACGCGACUGGAGGAGAAGAGGAUUAUUUACAAGUAAAACUUACAAUAAUUUCCCUGCACAUUCAUGUAAAGUAAAUGAAAAACGACUGAUAACACACAAAGAAAACACGCGUCUAUUGUACAAAAAGAAACGAAACGAAAGAAACAAUUUAUUUACUGAUUAGUGAGAGAUUAGCAAAGAAAACUAUCAACGGAAAAAAUUCCCAGACCCCAAGUCAACUAUAGGAAACUGUAGCGAACAUUUAACUAUAUUAUAUUCUCAAUUGCUGUAAAUAAACAUGAAACAUUGGGCGAAGAAUGAACGUUAGGAACCAUUACGGCCGAAACAAUACACUGAAUACAACAGAAUUGAAGAACUUGCGAGUUCAAAAACUAGCUAAACAAAACAGAACACGAAUUAUAUUACUAUUGACUAGUCGAAAAUGCAAAGCAUCAUGGAGCAUUGAAAAUUGAAUUUGAAAAUCGAAACUGACUUGCCACAAUAAAAUGCGCGUAGCAUACGAAUGUACGUUAAGCGUAAUGUUGAGUUUGAAAUAUAUAUUUUAUGGUGUUUUCCACAGACACAAGAAUAUAGUCCGAACUCAAUCGAGAACUUGAUACGCGAAAUUGCGAGCGGAGCAGCAGAGAACCCACAUAUAUUGUGAAUAAAAACCAUAAUUUAAUUUAUUUAUGUAUGAUAACCGUAACAACACAAAUUAUACAAUAUGCAUACAUAAUAAACUAAACUAACCGAAAAAA